AAAAUCAAUGUUUUUGAAGUGCAGUGCAGAGUUCCAAGGGCAGAAAUCAGAUAUGGUUACAGGAUAAUCAUGUACUGGCACAGGCUUGCCCAAGUGUACUGUUCUGGCAGAACACUUGUAAAAGCAGGAGGAAAAAAAAAAAAGCCUGUACCACAUCCGUGUGACAUGUCAAAGAUAAGCUAAACAGUGUUUUAACCUAAUGCAUAACAGAAACAGUUAAAUUGAAGGCUGCCUGAACUUUCAAGGUCUGUGAUGAUCAUAUGGAACAAAUGAAUCUUUUUGGUUGUUAUGGGGGUUCCUGAAGGCUUUCUGCAGAAAGUAUCUCACAAGGAUUUCACUUUAAAAGACAAAAGAAUAUCAAAACCAACCUCCUGAGGAAUAUAAAUUAGCACUGAGUAACUGAAUGUCCAUAUAUAUUUUUUUGCUUUUUUAAUGUUAAAAUGAAUAUUGUUUUCCUCUAACUUCUCCAUCUGUUAAGUCAGAUGGCAAGGCCAUUUUUAAAUUUAUUUUAGUCUUGCUUUGCGUGCUUUUUUUCAGGAGUAUGAUGGGAGUCACUGCUUAGGCUAGGGGUAACAUCGCUUAGUCCCAAAGCUGCCAGGAGCAGAACUUCUUCUGUGUAACCUGUGCCAAGCAGUCCCCAGGAAUAGCUCUUCAAACAUAGUUGCAGCUUAAAAUUUCUUUUCUCUUGGGGGCUUGUUGAAUUUUAGGGAGAUGUUUGUUUUGUGAGUCUCUAGCUUUUUGUGACUUUCCAUAACUUUUUUCAGAGAGCUCAGAAGUAAGUGUAACGAGAUCAGUAUGGCAUUCUUUGUUUCUUUUAACUCAGCGGACUAAUCCGGCAGUAUAUUUAGUACUUGCAAAUCCAGGAUUUUCUUUCUAGUUAAAUGGUAGACCAGAAAUGGUAAUGCAGUUUCUGAGAGGCUGAAGCAAUAUGUUGAGGUAUGGUAGGGAGAGGGAAAAUGAACCUGACAAAUCUUUCACCUUUGGAUAAAGCACGCUGUUUAACUGAAGGUCAUUGAAACGCCUGCCUGCAGUGGCAAUGCAGAUUUUCUGCAACUGUCUGAUAGACAGUAAUGCCAAAAAUCAGAGGAGUUUAAAUCAUACCCUUCAAAAAAACAAGGAAUGUGAUUUUUUUUCCCCCUUAUUUAGCAUAAGCAUGGGCAUAUAUUUUCAAUUUACUUUUUAUUGUGGCAUUUAUUUUGUACAUUUAGGAAAAAAUAAUCUGCCUUUUGAAUGUCUGAAACUGGUGUUUGGUUCAUGUGUCAUCAAACUAGAAACUGCAGGACAGCAAAGAACCAUCUGGAGUCUUUGGGCGGUGGGGUCAGAUUCCUGGUUAAAAGUGCUAUCGACACAGGAAGUAACUGUAAGCAGUGUUUCACCUUCAAAAAUAUGCCAAGUGUGUUAGGCGUUUUGUCUGUUUGUUUGUUUUUUUUUAAACUGCCUCCUUUCCAUAAUUAGGAGAAGCACCAGAAUGAAAGAAGUAGACAGUAUGAAAACUGUGAAGGACGAAUGGAUGUGUAAAUCUGGAAGUGAUGAUCAGAUUCUGAAUGGUACAGAACAAAACUGUGACUAUUUUGUAGAUAACCUUUUUGAAGAAGCUCAGAAGGUUGGUGCUAUAUGUAUGCCCCCAACUACAGUCAAGAAUCAGGUUGAUAUAAUUAUUAAACUUUGGAAAAACGGAUUUACCGUAAAUGAUGGUGAACUUAGGAGCUACACUGAUGCUGCAAACCAGCAGUUCUUGGACUCCGUUAAAAAAGGGGAACUGCCUUUUGAGCUACGAAAAAUUUUUGAUAAGGAGGAGGUAGAUGUGAAAGUGGAAGAUAAGAAAGAUGAGAUGUAUUUAUCAUCAAAAAAGCCAAUGUUUCAUCCCUUUUCUGGACAUGGUUACAGAUUAGGAAGUGCUACUCCAAGGAUAAUUUCUAAAGUAAGAGGUGAUCAUCAAGAAGCUGACAACGAAAGACCUCUUCCUUUAGUACCCUUGAAUGAUUUGGAGCCUAUCACUAGCAUCCAGAUCUGGUUAGCUGAUGGGAAUAGGAUAGUUCAGAAAUUCAAUGUUUCUCACAGAAUAAGCCAUGUCAGAGACUUCAUAACAAAAUAUCAAGGAUCAGAGGGAAGGGUUCCCUUUACACUGACUACUUCUCUGCCAUUUCAAGAGCUGCGGGAUGAGACACUCACACUAGAGGAAGCAAAGCUGCAAAACGCUGUUGUUGUUCAGAGACUUCAGAAAAUGACUGAACCUUUCAGAACUCAUAGUGAAAAAGCACCUAGCAAUGACUGUAAAACUGCUGCUACAUCUAAAGGACAUCUCAAGAAUGAGCAAAACAGUGCAAUCAAAAGCAUGAGGACAAAUUAGAUUUUAAAUAGCCAAAAGCUACGUACAGACGGAACUCGACAAAACCAAAAAUUUAACCAGCAAUAUCUGGAUGCACUAUGAUCCUCACAUAGCUGCAGUCUUAGAGAGUGAAAAGUAUGCUAUGCUGUAAUCCGCUAUAAUAGAAGUAUUUUCUGCAAAUUUCUGAGGUCAGAGCCUGGCUAUGAUUUAGCAGAGGUAACUGUACUACAGGGUCCUCCUUAGAAUUUCCUUAAGUAGAAAGCUUUGCUAGCCUGUUCUCUAAGGAGUGUCUAAGUGAAACGGUACUACUCUAAGACUUUACUACUACUACUACUACUAAUAGCACCUUGUAAGGAAAACAUUAUUUAUUUUUGCACUUUGGACUGAAAUGAAACUAAACUGGCUGGUUUCACUUUUCAUUGUAACCUGCUUCAGUUUGCAUUCUUCUUACAGAAAUGUUUAAGCAACAGAUGCUGCAGAGAGUCUCAUAUUUGAACUCUUAGGUAACUUGAAAAUAUUCUUCAGUAUCAGUAUCUUUAGGAUUUAACUUCUACAAUGUGAAUGUUCCAUCAAGUUUUCACAUGGUAGGUGCAUGUGUGAGAAGAGAGAAAUGAGGUAGUCUGGUGCAUGCUGCGUAUGAAGUGCCUCAAAGUAAGGCAUUGUUAUUACUAAUGGUUGAAGUGGUUUCUGCCUCACUUGCGUUCUGCCACAGGUGUCUUACAGGGUGAUGUUAAACUACCUAAUUCAGUAGAAAGAAUAAAGAUCCACUGUUAGCCUGGUCUCACGUAAGCUUCAGUUUUCCUGGAGUUUACAGGAGUAGUGGCUUAGAGGAACACAGUUGUUUCUGUAUUAUAUAUCCAUUUCUGUCCUGAACCAGCCAGCUGAGGGGGGCACUGAGGGCGUGUGCCCAUGUUUCAGAGAUAUUUAAAAUCCUUAUUUGAAAGUCAAGGUUUCUCCCUGCCUGUCACCCCCUCCCUUUUCAUCCAAGUCUUAUUUUGCCAUUCUUGGUUUUGGAACAUAGGAUUUGGAGCCAACCACUCCAUAUUUUACUGAAGGAGAAAACAAUGUAAGGACUAGAUAUCCUGAACACCAUACUUGCUGUACAGUUGGCAUGAAAAGCUAAGUAGAACAUGGGUUAGUGAAUGGAACUGAAGUCUCUGGAUAAGAGGCUACCUGGGGCCUUCAAAGAAUGGUAACUAGUUUAUGCUACCUGCACAAAUGGGUAAUUGUCGGAGUUGGUACACUUCCUUUGCAUGGCUAACUGGAAGAUAGGUUUGGGGUUUCCUGUUUUUGUUUUAAACAGAAGAUGACUUAUUGGAGUAACUUGAAUUCUUUCUAAAACUCCUGCUACUUCAAAGGAGGAAUGCACUUAUUUCAUUCAUAAGGUUGUAGAACUGUAUAUUUUGCUUUAGCAUCUCUUGGCCCUUAUGAGGGCAAUUAAUGAAAGUCAACUGCACAAAUAUCUAUUCAAUAUAUUCAGAAAGCAAAUCUCUGAAAACUAUGCAGUUCUUAACAUAUAGUUUACAGCAGUGAAAACAGUUGCUAUGUUGUUCAGGUUUAUGUAGCAAAUAACAAAACUAAAUUUUGUUUGCAUCUUAAGCUGACUUCUAUAUUAUAUGAAAAGCCUACCAGAUCUCCAGUAGUAGGACGCUGGGUGCAGCCAAACCCAGUAGUAAAACUGAAGAGACAAAUCAUGUAGAGAUGCAGCUCCAGUUCUUAGUUUGCAGAGCUUCCUGAACAGUGAAUUUUAUUAUUCAAUGCUUUUGAUUUUAUUUUAAUGUAAAACUAAGUAUUGGAGAACCGAAAAUGCUUGAUAGUAAGUUCAAUGUUCUUAUCCAGAAGGUGCAUGAAACCUCAAAGUAGCAGUAUACUACUCCUGCAUGUGCAACAUAGGAAUUUAGUGAAAAAUAGUGUGGAAUUAAUUUAAAUUAGGGAAGAAAAUCAAGUGGGUAAAGCAAUUUUGCUUGUUAUCACAAGAUAAUGUUUUUGGUAAGGAGUAGUUAAGUAUUUAAUAUUCCAACAUUCAUUCAUGUCUGCUGACCAGUAUUUAAGAGACUGGAUAGCUUGAUUCUAUUUAGUGAUAGAUUGUGCUUUACUGUACCUCAACUGUUUAUGGCUGCGACUUUUGUAGACUUGAGUAUGUUUGUGGUUUGAAAGUAUCAUGUGAGUGGAUUGAUCUUAAUUGUAAUACAAAUGACAUCAGUUCUUUAAAAAGUCAAAGUACUGCUGACUGCCUAAUCCCAUCGUAGACUAGAAAGUGCCUUUAAUAACAAGGCAACAAGCUGUGAUCAGAUAAUUUAUUGCUCAAUUUGAAGAAAAUGUAGAAGAGCCCUGUACUUUUUCCGAACAUGUAGCUGGUUUUUGGUCAACUAGUAAAGGCUGAUUACCUACCUGUAGUAUCUGAACAGUCUAAUAAGCUCAGUGCUGUAGACAGCUAUUGUGCAUUGGUCAAACACCAUUAAAACCAGCUUGAUCAAUACUUAAGUCUAUGAAGCACACAGGUGUUACCAGUUAAUCAUUGUUUCUUCACAAGCCAUCGCUGUUUUUGCAUGUAAGUAAAUCCAGUGCCUUAAGAUAACUUGCAGUAAAAUUGAAGUAGCCUAUUAAAGAACAAAGAAAAUGUUUUCCCUAGUGCAGAAACAUAUGCAAGUGUAAGUAAAAAACAGAUUUAACAUGUUGUAUGUUUGUGAAGAGAAGAGAGAACCUUAAUCUUGAAUUUGAACGUUUCUUGUUCUGAAAUUAAACGUGCUCAACUUAUGUUUAGUUUAGUAAUUUAGAAGAAAUUAUGUUUCGGGACUGACUGAGCUUCACCUCUGCU